ACAACGCUCACUGACACGGUUAAACAAGACUUUGAUUACGCAGUUUACAUCUGUACUCGCCAGAUCAACACUGAACUGAUCAACAGUGGAGACUAACAGUGUUAUAGGAGCCUGUUGCUGCGGUUUGUUUAAUGCUGACCAUGCGUCUACACGGGCCAUUGAGUAUAUUGGGACCGGCACUGUUGGUUCUGCUGGCUGGCUGCCAACGUGUCUCAGCUGACAAAGACACUCUGGCUCCACCAGAGGUCUCGCAGUACAAUGGCACUCUGUAUGCGGCCUGCAAAAUGAGACCCAGCGCCACACUACCCGGCGGUCUGCCCAAAGUGACCGGUCAGGUGCUGUUUAAGCAAGAUUAUCCUGAGGGAAAGCUCCAAGUCCUUCUUCGGUUCAAUGGCUUCCCCAAAGGGGGUGAUCUAACGCCCAGAGCGGUGCACAUUCAUCAGUACGGAGACCUGAGCCGGGGGUGUGACUCCACUGGCAGCCACUACAAUCCACAUGGUGUAAAUCACCCCGAACACCCUGGAGACUUUGGUAACUUUUCACCCCAGCAAGGAAAAAUCUUUUCGAUGGUCGAAUCUGAGGCAAAGCUGUUCAGAGAGCUGUCUGUGAUUGGAAGAGCGGUGGUGGUCCAUGAAAAGACAGAUGACUUAGGGCAAGGUGGAGACGCUGGGAGCCUGCUGCAUGGAAACAGCGGCCGGAGGCUUGGCUGCUGCAUUAUUGGGAUUUCCUCCCCCGACCUCUGGAAUAAGUACUAUAAACUGUACCAGGAAAAAAAAAUGACGUUGUGAAGUCUUUCAGUGACGUUCGUUAUCCCAGAUCACUGCCGGUAUGGCGAUGAUUCGACGUCAUUUCCAUAUCAAACAUGGAGUGGGUCAAAACGUCUAGUUCUGCGUCUGCAUUCAUGUGUCAAGUGUGUACUUCUGAAGACAACAGAAAAUAUCCUGUCAACAUUUUUAACACAUAUUUAACUUCUAAAGGCGUUUGGACCGUCCAUGCUAUUGGUUGGCAUCAACAUACGAGCGUCUUCUUGACGUAGGAGCUGCAUUGGGCUGUACGUAUGCCUACGUUGUGCGUGGGCUCUUGCUAGACGGCACGUUUGGGGCUACGUAGCUAUCGUGUGUCUUAUUUACAACUGCGAUUUAGUAUUUGGGAGGGUCCAUUUGUGCGGGGUGGGUGGAUUUCUGCUGGUAAUUUUGAACUCUGGCGGCUGAGGAGAGUUAAGAAUGGCCUCCAGAAACUUUCACACUACCUAUGUUAAAAAAUACCGGCCCUUGGCUGCACUAAAAUUUCUCCAUUAAUCAGAAAGGAUCUGAACUAAAUUACACUGAAAUCUGAUUGGCUUGUAGAACACCAAUUUAUUUCCUCUUUCCCCAACCUACUAAAAAUUCAACAGGUUGCCAUUUGUGCUCUAAUACGGCCAUCUAGUCACUUUGGUGAACACACCACAUUAAAUCAAAAGCCUAAGUCAAUUGAUAUCAGGGAAUUGUUUUCUCUCUGGCAAUGAUUGUAUAGGGAUUCCACUCAGAAACGUAUGAAGCAUUAAAGUAUUAAAACAUUAAAAAUGUAUGUGUUACAUACAAACGUCUUAUGACGUGUUAACGGUAUUUUCUGUUGUCUUAAGAAGUACAAAUUUGACAUGUUAAUAUGGACGCAGAACUAGACGUUUUAGUCCAAUCCGUGUUCAAUACUUCCCUAACAUCAUCACAUUCUGUAAAUGUACUCUUAACUAAGAUGUUUGUUCAAUGUCAACUGACAAAUUCAUGUUAAUCAUCAAAUAUUUGCUUUGAAGACGCCUGUAAAGGAAUUAAAUAAAAGCAACGGGUUAAAAAAGAAAAUGCAAUUAUCUUUAAUCAAUAAAUAGUAUAUUGUCAUGCAGCAUUUUAAAUAGCUUUGAUAAUAUUGUGUUUUUAUGAUUAAAAAUAAUUAUUUAAGACAGUAAUAAGAAAUGAAACUGUUUGGAAAUGUUUGAAUUGUGUUUGAAAAAAAAACCCAAAAUAAAGUUGCUACAUAGCUUAAACAUUGUUCACAACA